AUGAAGUUCUUCAUUGAUAACCUACCGAUAAUCUUCCCAUACGACCGAAUCUAUCCUGAACAAUAUGCGUACAUGUGCGAUCUCAAAAGAACCCUUGACGCCACUGGGCAUUGUGUACUCGAAAUGCCUUCUGGAACAGGGAAAACUGUUUCUUUACUUUCCUUAAUUGUAUCCUAUCAACAGUUUUUUCCAACCAAACGAAAGCUUAUUUACUGCUCUCGUACCGUUCCAGAAAUCGAGAAAGCUCUUGCGGAGCUGAAAAGGCUAAUGGAGUACAGAACCAAAUCUGCAGAGACAGAGGAGCAGAAAACCAAAGAGACGAAUUUCAUGGGGCUUGGUCUUACUAGCCGAAAGAAUUUAUGUAUCAAUCCUCAGGUAGCGAAAGAGAAGAAAGGGAAAGUGGUCGAUGCACGCUGUCGGGACUUGACAAAUUCCUCUGUUUGCCAAAAAGGAAGGGAAAAUCCUGGAUCUGUAGAGCUUUGUGAUUGGCACGAGAAUCUAGGGAAACUGGAACCUGGGCACCUUAUACCUGGUGGUAUCUGGACCCUAGCUGAUGUCCUGCAAUACGGUCGUGACAAAGGCAUUUGUCCAUACUUCGCUGUUCGACGGAUGAUGCCUUUUAUCGAUGUCAUCAUAUAUUCGUUUCAUUAUCUUCUGGAUCCCAAGGUUGCUGAACAAGUUUCUAAAGAAAUGUCCAAGGAUGCUAUCGUGGUGUUCGAUGAAGCCCAUAACAUUGGAAGUUUGCUCCCAGACAAUGUUUGUAUCGAAUCUCUCAGCAUCGACCUCACAAGACCUAUGCUGGAAGCUGCUGGUAGAAGUGUCACCAAACUGUCUGACAAAAUUGAGGAGGUUAAGACAACUGACGUUGCCAAACUGCAAGAUGAGUAUGCGAGGCUGGUCGAAGGAUUGCAGGAGUCUAUCUCUGAUGAAAACGACACCGACGCCGUCAUGGGCAACCCAGGCAUGAACAUUGACUCUUCAACCAUGAAGGCCGAACAUUUUGUCGCCUUCUUGAAGAGAUUUGUGGAGUAUAUUAAGACUCGCAUGAGGGUCCUUCACGUUGUGGCGGAAACGCCGCUGUCUUUCUUGCAACAUCUUAAGGAUAUAACUUACAUAGAACGGCGGCCGCUACGGUUUUGUGCUGAACGGCUCCAAUCUCUAAUACGGACACUGGAAUUAAACCGGCUUGAUGAAUUUGCCAGCUUACAGAAGGUCGCCAGUUUCGCAACUUUGGUUGCUACUUAUGAAAAAGGGUUUCUUCUGAUACUGGAACCCUUCGAGACGGAUAAUGCUACCGUCCCGAAUCCCGUGUUUCAUUUCACCUGUCUUGAUCCGUCACUUGCCAUAAAACCUGUUUUUGAGCGCUUCAGUAGUGUGGUCAUUACUUCGGGGACUAUAUCACCGCUGGAUAUGUACCCCAAGAUGCUGCAGUUUACGCCUGUUGUUCAAGAGACAUACCCCAUGACGUUGACGAGGAAUGCGUUUUUGCCCUUGGUCAUCACGAGGGGUAGUGACCAAGUUGCUAUCAGCUCCAGAUUUGAAGUCAGAAAUGACCCUGCUGUCGUUCGCAACUUCGGAAGCAUUUUGAUUGAGUAUAGCAAGAUAGUGCCAGACGGAAUCGUAGCCUUCUUCCCUAGCUAUUUGUACAUGGAGUCCAUAGUUGCAGCAUGGAACGAUAUGGGCAUACUGAAUGAAGUUUGGAAGCACAAAUUAAUUUUUGUGGAGACACCUGACGCAAAUGAAACAAGUAUCGCAUUAGAGAAUUACCGGAGGGCCUGUGAUAAUGGCCGUGGUGCAGUUUUGCUUUCUGUCGCUCGAGGAAAGGUCUCUGAAGGCAUUGAUUUUGAUCAUAACUACGGCCGAGCGGUCAUCAUGUUUGGAGUUCCUUAUCAGUACACUGAAAGUCGCAUCCUGAAGGCCCGUCUGGAAUAUCUUCGCGACGCAUACCGCAUUCGUGAAUCCGAGUUUUUGGGCUUCGAUGCCAUGCGAAAUGCUGCACAAUGCGUCGGUCGGGUAUUGAGAGGAAAAACGGACUGGGGAUUAAUGAUUUUCGCGGACAAGCGCUUCGCAAGAGCAGAUAAGAGAGCCAAGCUUCCUCGGUGGAUCAACCAAUAUAUUACGGAGACGGCCUCUAACUUGUCGACGGACAUGGCCAUUACACUAUCAAAAUUGUUCAUGCGCACCAUUUCUCAGAAUCCAAACGAAAAUCAAACUGGUGUAUCAUUGUGGACGUUGGAAGAUAUUGAGAAAGCACAAGCAAAACAAAAGGAACUCGCGUUAGAUGCUGAGAAGGAUCACGAUGACGAUUACGGAGAUGGGGGACUCAGCGACGCGGCACUUAUGGACUUCGAUCUUGAUGUCUGA